AUGCAUUCUGUUCAAUCGUUAAAACUUGAUGAUAACUGUAUGUUACUCGUAACAGUUUACAAUGGUCAAUCACACUUCGAUCAAUUAAGUCGAUUAACUCAUCUUCGUAUAUCUUUAUGGAAUUUUUAUCAAUGCAUUGAUUUACUUAGUCAAUUAGGGUCACAACUUCAUUCAUUGAUACGUGUUGCUCGAGCUUUACCUCGACUUCGAACACUCGAAAUAAUUAAUCAACUCGAAGAACAAGAAAAAAUGAGAAUGAUAAAAGGUAACAUUGACUUUUCUCAUUUAGCUCUACUAAUUUUAUACGAUAUUCAUAUGGAUUAUGCUCAACAAUUUCUUUGUCAAAUUGGUCUUCCUUCUCUAAUUGAACUCGGUAUUAACAAGUAUAUUUUAUUGACAAUAAUCGGUCAAAAUCAAGAACAAGCAAGAGAUAAUUGUUCUAGAGUAGGAAUAAUACGAAGAUCGAAGCCAUCCUAUGAAAGAAUAGAUGGUAUUCAAAAAUGUUUCCCAUUAGCUUAGUAUGUCAAGCAUGGAGAAGAGUGAGAGCAAUAAAAUAACUUAUUUAUCUAAGUGUCAACUGUUUUUGUUCGUGAAAUUUUUGUUUUGAAAAGUGAAACGAUUAUAAAUCCGAUUAUUGAUUUAAAUAUAAAAAGGAAGAAAAGUAAAAUUGUCUUUUAAUGAAUAGGUAGAAAAAGAAAAGAUUGAUAUAAUUGUUUAUUUUUUUGUUGAUAUAGACAUACUUUUAGUAAGAUAAGAUAACAAUUGAUAAUUUAUCGUUAUAUAGUUAUCAACCUUUCAACAAGGAAAAAUAAAUGAUUAGUUUUGUUUCUGAACAUAAUCAGAAAAUGUCCACUUGUUUUUCUUUGCACUAACAAAUUAUAUUUUUAUCUUGUUGAUUUCAAUAAUUUAGAUUUUCUCGGAAUAAAUCAAAGAUUGACAUAUUUUAGGUAUAUCAAGUACGAAAUACGUCAACAUUAACUAGAAUUUCUUCAACUCAUUAUAUUGAAAGAAUAUAGGAAAAAUAUUCGAACUCAUAUCUGACAAACUUAUCAACAAAAACGAGAUUCUUAGAAAUAAAGAUUGAUACAAAUAUAAAACGUGUCACAAAACCAUAACGCCUCCUCUACAAUUUCAAGUACCAAUGAUGUCGACAGAUAUGUAUUUGACAUCGUUUGAUAGGGCUCGUCGAGCUCUAUCGAACGAUGUCAAAUAGAUUUCUGUCGACAUCAUUGAUGCUUGAAAUUGUAAAGGGAGCGUUAUGGUUUUGUGAUACCCUGCAUAUCCUAGUGAAAAGACAAUAACCUGAAUCAUCCUUCAGGUUGGGUUUAGAAUAUAAUCUGAAUAGCAGAUAUGGU